AUGUUUACCACGUUCAUUGCCAAGUCCCCAGUCGAAGAACCUACAAGGGGCAGAUUGCCCGCUAGAAAAAAGCGUGCUCAAGUUGCGAGAGCCUGCCAUUGGUGCCGUGUCCAUCGAGUGAGAUGUGAUAGUACAUAUCCCUGUACGAGCUGUCGAAACAGAGGAAUCUCGUGCAGAAGUGAAGCAGUAACAGAGGCACGAACUCUUCCCCAGGCUAUAAUAGAAAUUGAGGAGUUGAAGCAGAAGGUCAAGGAGCUGGAAGGAAAGCUGGCGCAUGAAAAGCAAGCUAAACUCCGAAGGAUUCCUGCAGUCCCGCCUACUCCACGUUUGCACGAUUGUUCGAAACCCCGUAGCGGAACAGAGGCCUUCAACCAGCAUGAAAUCGGGAAGAGAUGCUGGGAAGGCAUUCAUGCUCGAACCGCACGUGGCCAGCAGACUCAAUGGUAUGGUCCAUCAUCCACUUUCUACUUCAUUGGUCGCAUGAGCACUUACCUCCGCUCGAUCCUUCCAUCACCUUUGCUGGACGAACAAAUACAGCCAAACUCGGCAAGUAGAUCUUUUGCCAGUCCCAUCUACUCUAAGAAAGUAGUCUUAGAGGACAACACUUGGACAAGGGAUGCUUCAGCUCGCGAGGAAUACUUAACCGGGAUCCAGGAAGAAUAUUUUCUGGGAAUGUUCUGGCAUUCUUAUCAUUGCACAUAUCAAAUCCUCGAUGAAUCGGAAUUCAAGGAGCAUUACAAAUCUCUGUGGACAUCUGCUGGACACACUCGAAGACCCUCCGCUCUCGUAGACAUUGUUCUGGCUAUCUGCAUGCAAUACGGGGUUGCAUUCCUCCCACAAAGCUGCGCCGGUAUCGAAAAGAAGACUAAUGUGGAUGUCACUGAUGCCACUAUUGCCGGUCGUUGGUACUAUCACCGAUGUCAAACAUUGUUGACCGCCGAGCUUGAGAGCCCAUCCAUCUCCACUCUUCAGUCUCACAUCCUCUCUGCUAUCUAUCUCUGCAACGCCUCGUUCCAGAACAUGGCUCAUACCACUUUGGCUACAGCUAUACGCAUCGCGCACAUUUUAGGGCUUCACCUUGAGCCUCCUGAAACCAUGCCACGAGUCCAGCGAGAAUUAAGGAAGCGUAUAUGGUGGACUCUAUAUACUAUUGAGAGCAAGACAAGCAUGAAAUUGGGACGUCCUGCAAUUGUGCAACCGAUUGACUUCAUGUGCUCCCUUCCAGCAGACAAGCAUGCCGUAGCAUCAAUUUCAGGGUCAAAUUUCGCACCCGUGGACGAACGCGUUUCAUGGCUGACCUACGGGGUUCAGCUUGGGAAGUUAAUCCUUGCUGCCAGAGAGACUUACCUGUCGUUCUACACCAAAUGUGAUGAAAUCAUGGCCGCCAAUAACUUCAACACUAUCUACAACGAUCCUGAAGUACUGGAGAGUGCUGCUGACUUCAUCAAGUCCAACAUGCAACCAUUAAGCCAAUGGCGAGAUGAUGUUCCUGAGGCGUUGAAGACAAAAAGAAAAGAUGCAGGAGAGCGAUUCUCGACAGAUCGGUCGCCGCUGGAGGUCCAAAAAUUUGCGCCUCUCUGGCUUCAGCGACAACGAGUCUUCCUCGAACUCCUCUAUCACAACCUAAGCAUGAACCUCUACCGACCAUCCAUCUGCUUCACGCCAGCUGCUCACGAUUCAACACCAGCAGCAGACGCGCACUCGGUAGCUUGUGUCAGCCACGCAAUGAGCAUAACUGCCAUCAUGCAUCAAUUGGUGACUGAGACUGAAAUUAUGAACGGUUGGCACGAAGCUUUUCAAUGGCAGUGGAAUGCGAGUCUCUCCACCAUUGGAUUUAUCCUAGCGUAUCCAACACAUGAUACUGCAAUCGUUGCUCGCAAAUUAAUCGAAGAUGCCAUCAGUGUACUUGAGCUUCUUGGAAAUCAUUUUGCUAUAGCUGCCAGUGCUGCCACUGUAGCUCGGGACCUUGUUGCUAAAGCUGACUUUCUCAUGAAUCGGCACAAUGGCUUAGCAUUAAAGGAUGCAGACAUGUUGAUUGGCCCUGAUCAGCUUGAAAGGAGUCAUGUUGAUGCUUUCACCAAUCAGCAAGACAAUAUGUUCUUAGAGAUGGACUCGAACAGCUUCGCAGGAUCAAUGGACUUCGCGUUUUCUCACAGCUUCGAAUGGCUUACUGCGGACAGUAGUAGCAUUGCUGAUAACUGGAAGUUUACACAAGACUAA